ACUGAGAUUUUCAAGUCGACUUCCAUUGUGUCAGUGAGCCAGAGCAACGAUACAGACUGCAUCUACAUUUGCGUCAUGUCAGGACGAAUAGGCAGAAAUCUUACAGAUCUAUGGGAAGCAAUAGAGAAGUCUCCUAUAGUUAACUACACUUUUUCCGGCAACAUAUCAGAUUUCUUGGCUGCAAAGUUGCCUACCUGGACACAAACUGGCACCUUGAAGGAAGACCUGUUGUUGACAAAACAGCCAAAUUGGCUGAAGCCUGGAAAAGCAGAAGGACCAGAAAUUCCAUUGGUACAAGCUUCCUGGUGGCUGAAGACCAAUGCUUCCAAAGAAUCUGGUCUUCCCUCUGCUGAAGCAACCUUAACAAGGUCUUCUCCUGCUUCUAUAGACAUCUCCAGCACUUCGUCAAGAUUUCUGCCAGUUCAUACCCCAAGGAUACCUUUACAAGCUAAGACCAUUGUCGUGAAAGAGGAUGAAACGGUCCCCCAGCAGUUGUCAAUAUGGCAAAACUCUGCUACUUUGAAAAGUUUUCCAGGUCCUUCUCCCCAGAUCUCAUCUUGGUUGCAGACAAACGCUUCAAAUGGAUGGGGCAUUUCUCCUACCCAACCAUCUAUACCUUCAGCUCCUUUGAUCCAAACAGACUUUCUGUCUAUGACCCGGCCAGCACCAACAGUGGGUGUUCCUUCUCCAUUGGCUUCUCCAUCUACAGAGGAAAAACCAGUUGCCUUGAAGACCCAUCCUCCUCCUAGAAACACACCCUUACCUGCCCUCGUGACAUUGCCACAGAGGCCUAACAGUGACAGCUUACCAAAGGUGAAUUCCAGUACUCAGGGAUCAGAGACAGGAGCUAGAGGUAUUUUGCUGGAUCUCCCACAUGCAGCAGAAAGAAAUCUAAAUAAUAUCACCUUCUUCAACGGAGUCUUUGAGAAUGUGGAAAGUGUUGCUUUGUUCUUUGAUUGCUUGGGCUCUCACUUCACUUGGCUUCAGUCUGUAUUCACCAGCUUUCCCCCGUUGCUCAACUUUGUGAGCAGAAUGAAGUGUGUGACUGGCGUUUGUCCAAGAGACUUUGAAGACUACGGCUGUGCCUGCCGAUUCGAGAUGGAGGGCUUCCCGGUGGAUGAAGUAGAUGGCUGCUGUUUCCAACAUCGGAAAUGCUACGAAGAGGCAACGGAAGAAGAAUGCACCUGGGAUCCUACCAAAAUCAUCAUGAACGUCAGCUGUCUAACCAAAAACAUCACUUGUGGAUCUGAGGAUUCUUGCGAGCAUUUGCUCUGCAACUGUGACAGAGAAGCUAUUGAAUGUUUCUUGCAUUCUCCCAUUAACUCUUCCUUGAAUAAUUUUGAUGCUUCCCUCUGCUCCUCUCUGGAGACAGAAGCGUCAAGUGUGAAAGCUCUCACCACAGUUCCUGCUUCAGAGCUUCAACACCUGAGGACCAAAGAAACUCAGUUAACAGAUAUGAUCCUGGCAGAUGUUACUGUAGAAGUGGAAAGCAACGGAAAUACCGAUUUCCAGAGAGGAAGAGAAGGAGGCGGAGGAGAUGUUCCUCAAGAGUUCAGUGACCUGACUCUGAACAACCAUGAAAGAUUUUCUUCAGAUGUUGAAAGCAGUGGAGUCCUUGAAACCUUCAGAGGAGGGGCUGUAACCCAGAAAGAUGCAACUGUUGCUUUUGAUAAUUCAGAACUAAGAGGAUUGUCAGAGAGCUAUUUCACUACUAUAAGAACUAGAUCCACUUCACCUGGGAUUAGCAAACCAGAAGCAGAAUUCAUGCCAACUUCAGAAUUUCCAAGACCAGCAAACAGCGGACAUCUCUUCAAGAUCGCUGGGGAGGAACCUGUGACAUUUUCUACGAUGAUUCCAGAAGCGUCACCACCUCCUGAAGACUCUUUUAGAGAAGUCUGUGAUCGUUUCUCCUUCCUGCAACGGGGCGAGAACGGAAAACUCAAACAAGAGUUUCCACAGUUGGGUGAGAUGCUCUACUGCUUGACUGACCACUGUCCAGAGGAGUUCGAAUUAUAUGGCUGCUUUUGUGGACAAGAGGGAAGAGGACAUCCGACGGAUGAACUUGACAGAUGCUGUUUCUCCCAUCAAUGCUGCCUGGAACAAGUUAAAAGACUGGGAUGUCAACCAGAAAAAAAAUCAAGAUCUGAAGUUGUGUGUUUUGAUCACACACCAACAUGUGUUGGAUGGACCCUGUGUGAAAACCUCCUGUGUUCCUGCGAUAAAGCUGCAGCCGAAUGCAUGGCUUCAGCCCCAUUCAACGAAAGCUGGAGGUCGCCCAGCAGACAGGUUUGCCAAGAGGACACACUGGCUUGCCGUGGGGCGGGGCGUGAGAGGCCUCCGAGCAGCCCUCCCAGAGAUGCCAGAACGUCUAGUGAAGAAGAAGAAAGUAGCAGCGAGGAGGCAGAUCCAGCUCAGCCCCUCCUGAGACGCGGGAAAAGAGCAAUACGGAAUGGCAGGCGAAGAUCCAGAAUGGUCCCAUUGCAAACAAGAUAAUCUCCACUUCUCUGUCCAGCUACAGAUCUACUGGCAACGUUGUUCAAGAAGCAGCCAGUAGUGUAUCUAUCCUAUAUGGCUGUCCGGUCUUUUCUUAAAAGCCUCCAAUGAUGAAGCACCCACAACUUGUGAAGGCAAGUUAUUCUAGUGAUUAAUUUUGUUCUCAGAGUUAGGAAAUUUCUCCUCAGUGCCAGCAACUUUGUGGGUCAUCCAUCCAUUGAGGCUUUUAAGAAGAGACUGGACAG